AUGAUCGAAGCAGAGCUGGACGCCGGCAAUCGGCCGCUCGUUGACGCUCUGUACGUGACGGCAGCGCUCGACAAACUGCGCGCGAAGGGUAAAACGCCUCAAGAUGCAGUGACUGAGCUCCAGAAUGCUCUACGGGAGUUACACGCGUUACAACAGAAGUUUGUGGCUCAGCAGGCGAAGCAAAAUUUGCUGGACCGUCUAGCACAGGUGGAGACGCUAGAGGCGCUGCAGGAGGCGGCGGCAGCAGUGAAGAAGGCGCAGGCAGAAGCUGGCUAUGAGCUGGAAAAGCGGGAGCUGCAGGCUGCAGUGCGCGAGCGUAUUGAUGCUUUUCAGCUUGUAGAGAGGCUUACCGAAGAGGUGGAAAAGGAACAGCUGCAGGUCAUUGAGCAUGAACGCUCGCGAGGGGCGCACGAGAGUGAACUGACUCAGCUGAACGACGUGUGGAAGGAGAUCCAGAAGCGUAACGCGCGUCGCAAGACGGCGGUGCAGGUGGCGACUGGGGUCAUGAUUACGGACGAAGACGAUUGCAACCGUGUGUUGGACCAACAGACGCAGAGUAUCAAGGAGAUGCGUCAAAAACAGAAGUUGCUUGAGGACCAGCGAAUCGACGUGAGUACUCAGGUGAAGCGGACAAAGCGAGCGAUUGCGAAUAUGGUGAAGCAGAACGACAUGAGAAGCAAAGACGCCGAAGUGAAGCAGCGAGAACAGGACUACAUGGCGCUCCAGCACAUGAAGAAAUGGUACGAUCAUGUCCGAGGCAUUCAGGAAUCGCUCUCUGGACUAGAGAUCAUGAAGGUUGCCGACGAUUACUUGGAGGUGCGAGUGCUGAAGUCGCAUCUGGUGCGACUCUUUUGCGAUCCUGAAACCACUAGACUGCAGCGCGUUCAGUUUUUGGCCUCAGACGUGGAUGCGGCUGACCUCACGGAUAUCGCCGUCCGCGAAAACGACGUUCGGUAUAUGUUGUGCGAAUACCGCGAACGCGUCCGCGAGAUCAUGGCGCUAUAA